AUGACACGACCUUUCGGUGUGAAGGGGCGGAAGCGAAAACACGGCCAACCCAAAUACGACGCCGCCGAAGAAGAACACCAACAGCCGCCACCAAAGAAAGCUGUGGUGGAAGAAAAGGAAGAACCAGAACCAGAACCAGAACCAGAAACAGCAUCAGCGGAAGAGGAUGAAUUGAGCGGCAUCCCAAUUGCGCCCAGUGAAAAAGACAGUAACAAACCUAACGUCAUCUUCAUUCUCGAAAAAGCUUCUCUGGAAGUCGCCAAAGUCGGCAAGACAUAUCAGCUUUUGAACUCCGACGACCAUGCCAAUUUCCUCCGCAAAAAUAACAAGAAUCCUGGAGAUUAUAGGCCCGACAUUACUCAUCAGUCUCUCCUAUCUAUUCUGGAUAGCCCACUGAAUAAAGCUGGGAGAUUGCGAACAGUUUACAUAAGGACCGAGAAAGGGGUUCUUAUAGAGGUUAAGCCCUUUGUUCGUAUUCCAAGAACAUUCAAACGUUUUGCGGGUGUUAUGUUGGAACUGCUUCAAAAACUGAGCAUAUCUGCUGUUGGCAAGCGCGAGAAACUUCUCCGCACCAUCAAAAACCCUGUCACCCAGUAUUUGCCUGUUAACUCGCGAAAAAUAGGUUUAUCAUAUAGUUCAGAAAAGCUUGUAGAUAUGGAUGACUAUGUAUCAACGAUUUCCAGCAAUGUGGACCUUGUCUUUGUGGUAGGUGCAAUGGCCCAUGGGAAGAUUGAGACAGAUUAUACUGAAGAUUAUAUAGCAAUUUCAGGAUACCCUCUCAGUGCUGCCUAUUGUAUUACUAGGAUUACUGGCGCCCUUGAGAGAAAGUGGAAGAUUUUGUGA